AUGAGCACAAAACGCCGUGGGGCAGCAGCAGCUUCCCCGGACAUGAGACUCCGCGGCCAGAAGCGACGGAAGGUGUCUGAAGCGAGUCCCGUCAGUCCCGAAGCCGAUCAGACACCGUCCCCCGAAGCCUCUGCAGAGGCCGUGGAGCAAGCCGAAGAUGAAGAAGGAGGCUCCGCAGCCCCCGCAGAAGACCAGGAACCCGAGGAGGACUUUGAAGGUGACAGUAUACAAACGGCGCAAGACAAGAUUAUGGCCGAAUUGUUGCGACUGAAGGAUGACGAUGGGGAGGACGUUGCAUACCCCUUCAUAGGGAAACCCGAUCGCAAUCUCUAUCGGGAUUACUAUGAAGUCAUCCAUCACCCGACCUCAUUGCGAACGAUCCAGAAGCAAGUGCGCGGUACCGACAGUCGCAAGAACCCUUCACGGACGACCGCGUUCCCAACCUGGAAAUUGUUCGAGGACGAAGUGGCGUACAUCUGGCGCAAUGCGAGGGAAUAUAAUGAGGAUGGCAGCGACAUUUCCAAUCUCGCAGGAAUUCUUGAGUUCCUUGGAUUGACGAUGAAGGUGACUGGACAGACCUCCGAGACCCCUGCAAAGGAAGAAGACACCCCCACCGGCGCUUAUGUCGGCGACACUUCCAACAAACAACGGGCAGAUACUGCCAGGACCCAUUCCACAAGCCAAGAAACCGAUGCACAUCGCACUUCGCCACGACAUCGAUCUUUACGACGAAACGUUGCCAGUCCUUCGAAGUCCAACGCAACCAUCACGCCUUCUCCAGCCGAUCAGCCUUCUGAAACAUCCGCCAUGCCCAAAGCUGCAUUCAAUAGGGUAAAUUCGGAGGUUGCGGGACAAGCACCGCAGCCCAGCGAGACCGCGGAUGCGCCGCACGGCGGGGACAAUGCCCCUUCGGAGACUCAUGAGAGUAAGACGACCUCCGAUGACUUAGAAAUCUUCAACUUGAAAAGCGAUUAUAAUUUAUUAACCCUGAUCACAGCCCCGGGCCCAGCUUCUGCGCCGCCGCCGGCUCCGUUCAAUGCGCUUGAAUCGAUCGUCAGACGACCAGGUGAAGACGCUCGUUCAGCUCUGAUCCGAAAUGUACAUGUGUUCACCCAUGAAUCUCUAAAUCUGAACCACAGCUUCAAUGUGCACUUUCCCGCAUCCAAUACCCUCACUCAACACAGCAUGACCAUCACCUUGCCAGCAACACACAACUUGGUGACGAUCAAGCCAACGGUGAUGCAAUCGUCCGAGCAAAGACACGUCAAAUUGGUCGCUCGCGUCGGUAUGCAACGCCUUCAUCAAUCUGCAAAUGACCCUACUGGAAUGACCUUCGAUCUGCCUCUGCCCCCUGGACUCACAACUGUUCACCUGGAAGCCAUUGCCGGUCCCGAGCGGGGUGUCGCCAGAAUUGGCCCUUCGGGAUCCGACAUUGAUUACGAGCGUGUUACCAUCUUUUUCCAGCUUCUACAGUGA